ACCAGAGCACCAUUGCGAUAGCCAGGAACGGUGGCUACAACCCUCGGACCAAGCAUAUUGACAUCCGUCACCAUUUUAUUCGGGAUGCGCUGGAAAGAGAAGUAGUCAACAUUAAUUACAUCGAAUCGGAUAAUCAACUUGCCGAUGGUCUCACGAAACCACUAUUGCGUACCAAGCUGGAGAAGAAUCGUGAAGCCAUAGGAGUCCUAGCUUAAGGAGGAGUGUUAGAGUAUAGCGUAGUAAGCCAUGACUUUUAUUCAAAUAAAAUUUUCACUUUCUGUUCACAAGUCAAACGAACAAGUCGUUUCUUUUCUUAUCUGAAGAUACAAUAAAAAUUUAUUUAAAGUAUAUAAAUUUUAUCAGUACAUAUCUUUUUGUGUUCGUUGGUAUACAUCAUCAUGAAGAGGCUCAUUAAGCUCAAUUUCAAAACUGAUUGUAACUGAGGGCUACGCGUUCAACUCUCGUUCGGGCCAAGAACUUUUCAUCCUUUCGGGCCAAAAUUUUCUUGACUUCCUUUAGUGUUGAAUAUCUUCGUGCCUGUUACACGAAAAAAUGGGGCUAAAUGGGCUCUAUUUACGCGCAUGAUGUUGCACUUAUCGAACGUCUACUGUACAGUAGACGUUCGCUCGGUGCAAACGGUUUAACUGCAAUGCUUUUUAACUGCAAGUCCGAUAAGUGCAACAAUUUUGCAGUUAUCGCACCGCUAUCUGUCAAAAACAAAACGUCAACCAAGUUGCGAUGUUUUUCGGAUGCACUACAGCUGAAUUGCGAUGAUUUUGAGUGCAUUUUGGCUGCGUCCAACAACAAUUGACAACCGUUUGACGUCUGUCAGUCGUUGCAGUUAGCGAAUUUCAUUCGGUAACUGAAACGUAAACAUGUUGCACUUAUCGAACGUCUACUGUAUUGUCGAGCCGCCACCAAACCGGACGUCGCACAAUCAAGUCGCGAUGCAACCCAACUAGCGACGUUUUUGAAUCAAUUUUGCCAUAAGUUAUAACAUGACACACACCCCGAGAUUCACCCAACCCCUCCGGCGUUAUGGAAAUUGUGAACAAACCCUGAAUAAGUAAGUUUGUGAUUUAUAAAAUUUCUUCGCUUUUCAUUAAGCCCCCUUUUCUCGCCAACAGCCCAUUGCUGCACAUGCCUGCGUUGCUUUUGCGGUACGCGCGUGAAAAACAUCGAAAAAUCUCGUCACGCGCGAUGAAUGCAAGCUCGCAAAGUGUGGCUGCGUGCUGUAGAUACCGUUAUCUUUCUAUUUUUUGGCACAGACCUACUGAAAGAUACCGUUAUGAAAAUGAAAACAUAAAAAACAGUAAAAAAAACUUGAAACAGAGACGUCCCGGAAAGUGAGUUUGUCUGAAUCGCGUCCGAAUUUUAAAAUAUCCCUUGCGUAUCGGAAGAAUGCGUCAACGCUCGCAAUCACUACACGCCCCGGCGAACAACAACCUCUCCCAGAAGUUUGAAGGAGUGGCUUCCGGCGACGAAGACUUGCUGGUUGAAGAGUAUGCCCCGACGGAAAUUCAGCAUGAUCGGGAUGCCAAAGAGAAGGCGGUCGUCAACGUAUGGAGUACACAAGAGUACGAAACGCUCAUGGAGCAGCUGCAGGACGGUCUGCCGGAAAAAGACAUACGGAUGUGGAGGACGACCCUGAAGACGCUCGACUGGACCGCCAUAAAAGUUGGUAAACGGCCCAGCGACGAGGUUGAGCGAGUUGCCAGGCAAAUUUUUGCCAAAAUCCGAGGCUUCCGCACCCUGAGCGAGAUGCUGCAUGAUAUGCCGGCGGCGAUUCCCAAAGUGCAAGCAGCCUCGAAGCCCAAGCAUCCACCGUCGGCGUACCACUUGUUCAUGAGGGAAAGAAUGCAUCAACUGCGCGUCAAGCACAAGGAAUUGACGAUGCGGCAAAUAUUCAAGAUGAUUUCGGAGCAGUACAAAGCACUGUCGGACAAACAGCGGAGACCGUAUCUGGCUACGGCAGCCAACAUGAAGAAGGUGCACACGGAACAUCUUCGGAGAUUUUAUCAGGAUCACCCGGAUUUGUUACCGAAGAAAUCGAGCUAUAAGCCGAGGACGAACCUCGGUAAAACCCCGUUUGCCUUUUUCUUGGACGAGCGCCGGCAGAUAUCCUUUAUUUCUGUGAAAGAAGCGCGUCGAGAGUGGCAGGAGCUUCCCAUUAAAGAUAAAAUCUACUUCAUUCAACGUGCUUUUGAAAUGCAGAGCAAUUCGGGCCAGAAGCAUCUCAAUAAGAAUGAGAUGCAAUGGCUGGAUCACUUUAAUGGAAAGCCCGAGUUUAUUGGCCGCAAUAUUUACGAAUUUUUCUGUCGCAAGAAUAAAACCCAACCUGGAAAGGAACAACAGGCAAAGAUUCGGAAUGCCUACAAGAUUUUGAGUGAACAGGAGUUGAAGGCUUUGCAGGUAGAAUAUCAGCAGGCUCGAACAACGUUUGUUAACCAGUACCGGGAGUAUAUCAAAACGCUUCCUCAGGAAAAGCAACAGACCGAGAUGGAUUAUCUUAUGACCGUUGCGGAAAAGAAAACGAACAUCAAAUCGAAGGCAAACCGGAAAUACGAUCUCAAGCCGGGUCCGCCAGUUGCGGAAUCGACGACCAUUGAAAAGAAGUCUUCAGGAAAGUCCACCAUCAAGUCAGAUGGUUUUACAAAAGAUAGUGUAUCCGAGCAUUCCGACGCCGACACAUUCGAUCACCCGAUGUCCCCAAAACAGCAAUCCCCGAUAGCUUCAGUCACUCGCCAAUCGGUCGCUACCGGUACUUCCCCUCUUUCGAAGCGAAAACGACCGGUUCGGGUCUGUGAACCCCAGCCCAACUCGCCGCUGCCCAGUUGCCAAAGCCAGCAAGAUCAUAGUUCAGCAUCAGUGAAGCGAAAAGCUGACGCUACUGCUUCAUCAGUAUCCCCGCCGGCGAAGCGACGUGUCGAAAAGCGGCCUACGAGUGAGGUGGUGCCUAGAACAUCGGGAAUCCAAAAGAAUGAGGAACAUUCGAGUGUCGUCGCCGAGGGUGCUCCCAAAGAACCGGUGCGACCGCCGCUCGACACCGAAGAGUUCUACCGCCAGCGUAUCUACAAGGGCAAGCUGGGAAAACACAAGGAAGCGUUCGCAAAUCUGUCGUCGGCGAAGAAGCGCGGAAUCGUCGAACAGCUCAAGGCCGCCCACAGGCAGUUCAUCGUAGACUUGGAGGUGUUCAUGAAAUCACUGCCCAAGGACGAACUCCGAAAGUACAUCCAGCAAAAGGCGAAAGACAAGGCCGAUAAAACGAAAGAUUCGGAUGAUGUCGAUAGUGGUGAUAAUGAUGAUGGCGAGGAAGAUGGAAGCAGCUCCGAUGGGGAGGAAGAUGACGACUAGAGAGAUGUGUGUCGGUGCUUGUUUUUGUUCGUAUUAUUUGUUUUAAUUGAAUCGUAUUUUUUUUUAAUUUAUAUUUUUGCGUUAGGACUUCGUUACUGCAUCUUCCUAUGCAAUUUUUUUUUUACACUUAAUACAUAAGAUAACAAUGUUUUACAUACCUAUUGUAUGGUAAUAAAUUAAACUUUGAGGUGAGUAUUGUACAUGCACGCAAAAAAACUGUUUAUCCCCUUGUAAAAUAUACCCAGUGUAUCUUGGCCUGCGAAUGGUGAAAUGACAACGAGCGUCCAACGUAGCUCUGGUCCUCACAAGUUCCUAUCUCAUGCUUCCACGUGUCAAUCAAUGACAAAGACCGUUAUCUAAGAGUUGUUUGCUUAGCUGGUAGUGCAGCCUGGGCACUGUUGUCCUUCUGACUUCAGCUAGAUUAAUGAGGAGGUACGUCUCGAGCGUCUGUUCACCAAGGAGG